CUGAUUGGGGACAGUUUAACAAAAUCGAACUUUAAGGGUGAAACGGCAACGGAGGCGGCUUCACCAAUAGCUGGUGCACAAUUAAAACCACGUACUCAGCGAGGAGCAUCAACACCGAAAAGAAUCACCAUACGAUCUAAACGGACUGACCAUGAAAGUAGUGGAAUGGUGGACAUGAGUGCCGCACAAAGUAUACCCUUCUGCCCAGUGCAUAGAACUGAUUCGCCUGACGCAUGUCAAAUGAAGAGAUUUGUCUUACCUGUCGAUUGCAACAGAAAGGUAUUCGAUUAUCCAGUAAAAGCGUGGUAUAAUAAUCGCGCAGUUACCUUUCCCGGAAAGCUGAAAGUUUACCGAUUGCCCGAUGAGGACGGUGUUGAUGUGAAGCUAUUGGUCGAUACAAAGGCUGUACCAGAUGCGGAACCACUGUUAUUCUCAGCGCAUUGUCCAAAUUGGCAGCCGAAACGUGUUUGGAUAAACGGAAAGUUGUGUUCACAAUAA